UCUCGGAUCCUCAGGGUGAAGGUGGUUUCUGGCAUCGAUCUAGCCAAAAAAGACAUCUUYGGAGCCAGUGACCCCUAUGUGAAACUUUCUUUGUAUGUAGCAGAUGAGAACAGAGAACUCGCUCUGGUGCAGACAAAAACCAUUAAAAAGACUCUGAAUCCAAAAUGGAAUGAAGAAUUUUACUUUAGAGUGAACCCAACCAAUCAUCGCCUCCUCUUCGAAGUGUUUGAUGAGAACAGACUGACUAGAGACGACUUCCUGGGCCAGGUGGAUGUGCCGCUCAGUCACCUCCCGACUGAAGACCCAACCAUGGAACGGCCGUACACGUUUAAGGAUUUCCUCCUUCGACCAAGAAGCCACAAGUCGCGCGUGAAGGGUUUCUUGAGGCUCAAGAUGGCUUAUAUGCCCAAGAACGGUGGCCAGGAGGAAGACAGCAGCGACCAGAGGGAGGAGUCUGAGCAUGGAUGGGAUGUGGUGGAUUCCAAUGACAGUGCAUCUCAGCGUCAGGAGGAGCUACCACCUCCUCCGCUGCCUCCCGGGUGGGAGGAGAAGGUGGACAACCUGGGGCGGACCUACUACGUCAACCACAACAACAGGACUACUCAGUGGCAUCGACCGAGUUUAAUCGACGUGGGCUCCGAGUCGGAUAACACCAUCAGGCAGAUCAACCAGGAGGCGGCGCACAGGCGGUUCCGCUCGCGCAGACACAUCAGYGAGGACCUGGAGCCGGAGCCCAUGGAGAGCGGCGACGUCCCUGAACCAUGGGAAACCAUUUCAGAGGAGGCAAGUGCAAGUGGAGAUGCCCUCAGCUUGUCCCUUCCUCCACCUCCAUCGUCCCCAGUGUCCCGAACCAGCCCUCAAGAGCUGUCCGAGGAGCUGACCCGCAGGCUCCAGGUCACUCCUGACUCCAACGGGGAACAACUCAGCUCUUUGAUUCAAAGAGAUCCUUCCUCAAGACUGAGAUCUUGCAGUGUAACGGACACAGUUGCUGAACAGUCUCAGUUAUCCUUGCAGAGUGGUCCAUCUAGGAGAGCUCGUUCUUCAACUGUCACAGGUGGUGAGGAAGCAACGCCGUCCGUGGCCUACGUGCACACCACGCCGGGCUUGCCUUCGGGCUGGGAGGAGAGGAAGGACGCCAAGGGCCGAACCUACUACGUGAACCACAACAACCGCACCACGACGUGGACGCGGCCCAUCAUGCAGCUCGCGGAGGACGGCUCGGCCGCCUCGGCCGCCAGCAGCAACAACCACCUGAGCGAGCCCCAGAUCCGGCGGCCGCGCAGCCUCAGCUCGCCCACCGUGACCCUGUCGGCGCCCCUCGAGGGCAUGAAGGACUCCCCGGUGCGCCGCGCCGUGAAGGACACGCUCUCGAACCCGCAGUCCCCGCAGCCCUCGCCCUACAACUCGCCCAAGCCGCAGCACAAGGUGGCGCAGAGCUUCCUGCCGCCGGGCUGGGAGAUGCGCAUCGCGCCCAACGGCCGCCCCUUCUUCAUCGACCACAACACCAAGACGACYACCUGGGAGGAUCCACGGCUGAAAUUUCCAGUGCAUUUGAGAUCAAAAGCUUCUUUGAACCCUAAUGAUUUGGGCCCUCUUCCUCCUGGUUGGGAGGAAAGAAUACACCUGGACGGAAGAACAUUCUAUAUCGAUCAUAGAAGCCAGGUGUUGAUAUGUGGAGACAUUGAUACCAGAGACUUAGUGCCCUCGUACGAUAACAAAAUCACGCAGUGGGAGGACCCCAGGCUGCAGAACCCAGCGAUUACUGGCCCAGCGGUCCCGUAUUCCAGGGAGUUCAAGCAGAAGUACGACUACUUCCGCAAGAAGCUGAAGAAACCCGCUGAUAUACCAAACAGAUUUGAGAUGAAGCUGCACAGAAACAAUAUUUUUGAGGAGUCCUACAGAAGAAUCAUGUCCGUGAAGAGACCUGAUGUGCUAAAAGCCAGGCUCUGGAUUGAGUUCGAGUCAGAGAAAGGGCUGGACUACGGUGGUGUGGCCCGAGAAUGGUUCUUCCUCUUGUCCAAGGAGAUGUUUAAUCCUUAUUACGGUCUCUUUGAGUAUUCAGCAACGGACAACUACACGCUUCAGAUCAAUCCUAACUCAGGGCUUUGUAACGAGGAUCAUCUGUCCUAUUUCACGUUUAUUGGACGGGUUGCCGGUCUGGCAGUGUAUCACGGGAAGCUGUUAGAUGGCUUCUUCAUCAGACCCUUCUACAAGAUGAUGCUGGGGAAGCCAAUAACCCUGAAAGACAUGGAAUCAGUGGACAGUGAAUACUACAACUCCUUGAAGUGGAUCCUGGAAAACGACCCUACAGAGCUGGAUCUCAUGUUUUGCAUAGAUGAGGAAAACUUUGGACAGACGUAUCAAGUUGACUUGAAGCCAAAUGGGUCAGAAAUCAUGGUAACAAACGAAAACAAAAGGGAAUACAUUGACCUCGUCAUCCAGUGGAGAUUUGUAAAUAGAGUUCAGAAACAAAUGAAUGCCUUUUUGGAGGGAUUCACAGAGCUUCUUCCUAUUGAUCUGAUAAAAAUUUUUGAUGAAAACGAGCUAGAGCUGCUCAUGUGCGGCCUCGGGGACGUGGACGUCAACGACUGGCGGCAGCAUACCAUCUACAAGAACGGCUACUGCCCCAACCACCCUGUCAUCCAGUGGUUCUGGAAGGCUGUUUUACUGAUGGACGCCGAGAAACGGAUCCGCUUGCUGCAGUUCGUUACCGGGACGUCACGCGUGCCUAUGAACGGAUUUGCUGAACUCUACGGUUCAAAUGGUCCUCAGCUGUUUACAAUAGAGCAAUGGGGAAGUCCUGAUAAACUGCCCAGAGCUCACACAUGCUUUAAUCGCCUAGACUUACCUCUUUAUGAAUCUUUUGAAGAUUUACGGGAGAAGCUACUUAUGGCAGUCGAAAAUGCUCAAGGAUUUGAAGGAGUGGAUUAAAACAAGUACCUUCUCUCCCCUUCAAGCAAGUUCUGCUUGCACUUGUGCAUUUGCCUAACGGACUCUGAGUGACUACGGCAGAACAGUUGCACAAUGUUGGUUCAUGGAGCAAACACUUCUACAGUGCAGUUGCCUAAAUUCAGAAGUUUGAACUAUAAUCUGUGGAUUGUUUUUUUCUGACAUUUCCACAGGAAAUUACCAACUGGUUAACAUGUACUCUGAUUACAUUUCAGCAAGACUUGUUCUAUUUAUGUUGUGCCUCUGUAGGCAAAGCCCUUAAUAAAUAUUUU